AUGUUACCGCCGAGCGUGAUCGACGCGCAGGCCGCAAUGCCGCGCGACGCGGCCGCGAGCGAGCGCGGUUUGCUGUCGGAGAUGGUGUGCGGGGUCGAGCUGCGCUCCGCCGAGGUGGCGGCGGCGACCUGCCGCGUCGCGAGAUACCGCGAGGAGUUCGACGAGACCAUCCGCACCGUCUCGGAGCCGGAGUGCACGAAGCGGAGGGUCGACUCGGCCGGGACCGGCAGCACCAGGUCGGUGCCGGACGGCCGGCCGCGUCCAGGCUUCUCCAAGGGCUCCGCUUCCCUGCAGAGCCUGGUGCGUCGGCGGAGCCGCAGGCACGGCACGUCGCUGCCCUCGGAGAUCGAGCUGUCCUCGCGACAGAUCGUCUAUCCCGCCGUCCCCACGGACAUCGUUCUCAAGGACGUCGGCGUGAGCGGCGGCAGCGCGGCGGCGAUGUUCCGGAACGAGGAGGACACGCGGACGGCAACCUCCUCGGCGCAGCCGUCGACUUCGAGGGGCGACAACAACCCGGCUCAGGACGCCUCCACGUCGGCCAGCAACGUCGCCGCCACCACCACCGCCGCCACCACCACCACGAGCGGCAAUGUCACCUCGAACGGCGGCCGCUUCGGCAACGUACCGAUUUCACUGUCGGCUUCGAGGACGACCGGCGCCGCGAAACCGGGCCCCUCCACGUCCUCUUCCUGGAACAACUCCACCGAGCAGGAGAGCGACUACGUCGUCGACCCCGUGCAGGGGAACGCCUACUACAAGGGACAGUUUCUGGGAAAGGGUGGUUUCGCGAGGGUCUACCUGAUGACUGACGUUAGUAACGGGAAUCAGUACGCGUGCAAGAUCAUCCCGAAGAAUCGGAUGCAGAGGAUCCACAUGCAGAAGAUCGCGCGUGAGAUCAUGAUCCACAAAGAGCUGAAUCAUGUGAACGUCGUCCAGAUGCAUCACUACUUCGAGGACAAUCUCAACGUGUACAUGCUCCUAGAGGCCUGCCCACGAAAGAGCUUGAUGCACGUGCUGAAGUACCGUGGCAAAGUCACGGAACCGGAAGCACGUUACUACAUGAAGCAAAUGGUGACCGGCGUCGCAUACAUCCACUCACAGAAAGUUGUUCACCGGGACCUGAAGCCGGGCAACAUGUUCCUAUCGGACCGGAUGAUCGUCAAGAUCGGUGACUUCGGGCUGGCGACCAGGCCCGACGGCCAGCGCAGACGAGUGACGAUAUGCGGCACGCCAAACUACAUUGCUCCGGAAGUGCUGUACAAGCAAGCGUACAGUUACGAGGCGGAUGUUUGGGCGCUGGGCUGCAUAUUGUACGCCCUGCUGGUAGGGCAGCCGCCCUUCGACACGGCCACACUCAAGGAAACUUACGCCAGGAUCUGCAACAAUCAUUAUCGCGAGGUCGACGACAGUAUCGCGAGUAGAAGCGGCCAGGACUUGAUCAGGUGGCUGCUGCAAUCCAAUCCCGAGCUACGACCGAGCUUGGAGAGGGUGAAGGAGCACGCCUAUCUCACCAAGGAAUACGUGCCUGCGUCUUUACCCCAUACUUGCUGUUACCAGAUGCCACCGGCGUCGAUCAUUGAGCCACCCUCGUCGCCGUCCUCGAUGUCCACGGUCGCCAGGAAUCCGGAAAUGAAGGCACAGCAACAGUCGAUUCAGACUCAGCAGGCGCAACAGCAGUCGCAGCACCAGCAAGUGCUGAAUCGCUCGCAGAAGAGCCUGCAGAAGGAAUCCAAGGUCUCCAGCUGGCUCGUCAGGAAACUACCCAAACUGCCGCGAUUCCGGCAACGGCUCAGCAGCGUGCUAUGCCCGGAUCACAAGAAGACCGGCCUCGUGGCACAAAGCGUGCAAAUGCAUCGCGCACUAGAGGCGUGCGUGCCGGAGAUGAAGCGGAAUAACACGUGCAAUCCGCCGACCGUAGAGGACAUCGUGCCGCUCUUCGUCACCAAGUGGAUCGAUUACUCGAACAAGUACGGGCUGGGCUUUCAACUCUCCGACAGGUCGGUUGGCGUUCUCUUCAACGACAACACGAAGAUCAGCUACACUCACGAUAGAAGAAGAGUGGAAUAUAUGACGACCGACGACGAGGUGACGCGAUAUCACCGGGAGAGGGACGUUCCGGCGCCGUUGCAAAAGAAGCUCGAAUUACUUCGUCAUUUUACCGAAUACAUGGACGAUUUCUUGACAGAAGGUGGUGAGCUGAAAAAAUACCGCGCGCCGCCGAGGCAGUCGAAAAACGCUUGCGUGCCGCGCAUGAGACGGUGGCUGCGUACGGACAAGGCCAUCGUGAUGGAGCUAACGGUACCACUCCUGCAAGUGAACUUCUUCGUGGACCACACGAAAAUGGUGGUGUCGCAGGAGUCCGCGGGAGGAAGGGGCUACCUGAUCACUUACAUCGACACGGGCCGACACGCGUCCUCUUAUUGGCUGAACGACCUGCGUGACCUCGGCUGCACCCCGGAUCUCUACGAGCGUCUCUACUACGUCUGCAAGGUGACGCGCGAGUUCGCCGAGCUGGACAACAACACGAUCGCCUGAUGAUCGCCGCCGGAUUCUCGGGGGACGCGCGCCGUGGUUCGCCCAAGAACCGCUCAGGCGGCCGAAAUAGCAGCGAGAUCCCUCAGAUACCUGUUUUAGCUCUCACCCAAGCAACUUAUUCUUUUCCACAAAGCGGCAGUCAAAUGUCGCCGAUAAAAUUCUUCAGCUAUAAAAAGUCGAUAAUUAUUAAUUGCCGCGGUCGAAUCUUUUUAUUUUUAAAUAUUAAUUACCACGAUGAGAGAAGCAGAAACACCCGUUUAUCUCUCUCUUUCUCUCUCAGGACAGUUAAGGAAAUAGCGGUGGAGCAAGUACGUCACGAUACGUAUACCGUUACGCGCAGCAUUUCUUGGGGAGAAGAAGGGGGCACCGUAAAUAAGAAUGUCACGCGUUUAAGUUCGCGAGAAGGUGUGUCUUGCGAAAGACCGCGCGGCGCAAGUGCUUCCGUUGAUUUAUAAAUCCGCAUGUCGUCCUCCACAAAGCCCGCGGAGUUCGUCCUGCGAGCCCGUGGCCCAUUCCGGCAGAUCUUCUCUGGAAACAAAGUUAAUUUUCCCACGUGAUUGAAGACUAGUAGACUAGCAAGUAAUCGGUUAGCCUGCCAUCGUCGCAGCGACGAUGUGCGUUUCGUGAGUCCAAGUAGAUAUAUUAGCUGUGUGUCGUUCCUCUCGAAUGAAUAUUACGCCGCGAAAGCGGAAUACACCUGAAAUCCCGAAAAAAAACAACAAACUAGCUACGCACUAUUUUUACGCACAGCGGCAUUUUUACACGUAGAUCCCUCGUUCUCGUGGCGAGAAUCGUUCAACGGAAAUUAUCGAGAUUAAUGUGAUAUGAACGUCGUAACUAGUUACGAGAUACAUAUGUAUGUCCGGUGACACUUUUCAUCGUACGAAACGCGAGACGGUCACAGCUAGGAGAGUGUCAACUGCAUUGCUACUACCUCUGUUGAAUAGGUAGCACAGGUAGCUGUUAGUAUAUUUAUUUUUCACGGCGCAGAUCUCCCUAGUUCAGUGCCUAUAUAUCGAGUAAGUAAGAUUGACAUCCGGUAGAUUAGUUUCGGGUAAAUAUAGUUUUAUUACACAUUCGCGAUCGCACGCGGCGUGCAAAGUAUAGUGUCGUUCGGAACAACGGGGAUUUUUCCCACGUAACUCUUUCUCUCUGCUGGAAGCGCGCUGUUAUCGAAAUCUGAGCUCCACUUCGCGAUUCGUUGUUAAGACACCGCGUUGCCUGUACCGAAUUACGCGUGGGAAAAGUCAAAUAGAUCUUUUUAACGUUGGGUAUUUAAGGGGAAUAAUAGCUCAACCAACACAAGAAAGUCGAACGAACGUUUUUUGCGCAAGUUCUAUUCUCCGCUCUCUACUCGAGAUAUCUUUUCGGACUGUUCGAACGUGUUUAAAAAACAAAUUGUUCUCCCCCACGAUUCUGAGACAUGAGAUUGUGGAACGCCGGAAGGGAUGAGUCUGCCCUAGCGGAAAAAAUUUCUAUAAAUAACUACAAAAAAUUGACUUGAAAUAGAAAUU